AUUCCGCUCUUGCUACAUUCGCCGCUCCGGCUGCCGCCCACGCGCGGCCGAGUGACGCAGAUCCCGGCGUGGGCCGCCGCGGGGCGGGGGCGGCGGCCGCGGGGCCGGGGCUGGGGUUCGGCCUCCUCCCACCGCCCCCUCCGUGGAAGCCGGAGGGCGGCCCAUUCACACGGCAGCUGGGAGGAACCGUGUGGGCGCCCGGGAGGGGGCGGCUCCCGCGACUGCCGCUGCCGGCGGGGGGAGGGGACGCCGCCUCGGGCCUGCUCUGCAGCCGGGGAGUGAGCCCGAAAGGGUCGCGAUAUAAAAUAUGUAUGCAGGUCUUUUUUUUUUCCUCAAUAUUGUACUUAAAAGAGCACACCCCGUCAAAUCCAACAUCCCGAGGGAGGCCGACUUUAGAAACAAGAGAGGUCUCUGGUAUGCUGCUACAUGAGUCUACGCAAACCUGAUUCUGUGCUUUCUGGAAUUACCACCUAAAACAUUUUCAAAGUGCACAAUGUUGAAGGAGAUAGAUUCAAUUAAAACUUUUCAGUCAAAUUGUUACUGCUACAAUCAACAUUCCCAAAUGGAGUGGACAGCUAUCUGGUCAACUGUGCAGGUGAAAAUUACUAGUCCAGGCCUGUUCACCAUUGUAUAUAUCACAGAAAGCCAUCAUUGCCAGUAUCCAGAAACCAUUCUAUCUUUUAUCAAAUGUGUGAUUCAUAACUUUUGGGCACCAAAGGAAUCUAAUGACGUGACCAUAAUUAUCCAUCCGUAUGGGGAGAUGGCGUGUUUCUCUGUGAAGCCUGCUGGGGAGAUGCUGGCCUACAAGAUAAGUGUGAAACGAAACAUUGUAGAUUUCAAACUCUUGCUUGCAUGUGUGGUGGGCGUUUUUAUGUUCUUCCGUGCAAAGGCCUUGAGUCAGAGUCCUGUUUUUUAUUACUCUUCGGGGACUGUGCUAGGUGUUCUAAUGCCAUUAGUCUUCAUCCUGCUGUGGGGGAAAAGGUACAUCCCAAAGUAUAGCACCUUUUGGGCUCUAAUGGUUGGUUGUUGGUUUGCUUCAGUUUAUGUUGUGUGCCAAUUGAUGGAAGAUAUGAACUGGCUGUGGUAUGAAAACAGAAUAUUUGUAUUAGGCUACGUCCUGACGUUCGGACCUUGCAGCUUUGCUGUGUGUUACAGACAUGGCCCGCUCACUGACAGCAGGAGCCUGCUGAUGUGGGCACUGCGGUUCCUGUCCCUGGCUCUCAUCUAUGCUGGCGUGGCCAUGCCUCAGAUAGCCUACACACUCAUGGUCCUCCUUGUGUCCUUCCACUAUUGGGGCUACCCGUUGAGAGCCUUCAGCUAUAUCCGCUGGAAAAUGAAGGAAUGGUUUCAAUCGAAAAAGCUGGCGGUGCGGUUUCUUAGCGAAGAGGAGUACAGGGAGCAAGCUGAAACCGAAACAACCAGUGCGCUGGAGGAGCUGCGCCAAGCCUGCCGCAGAGCUGACUUCCCCUCGUGGCUGGCCGUUUCCAAACUCCAGGCUCCGAAAAAAUUUGCUGAGUUCGUCCUUGGGGCAAGCCACCUGUCGCCUGAAGAGAUCCGUCAGCAUGAGGAACAGUAUGGCCUGGGGGGUGCCUUCCUGGAGGAGCAGCUCUUCAGCCUGCAGGCCGACGUUCUGCCCACGAGCUGACCUGCUGCGCGAGGCAGCCAGGAGAAGGACACAGCUCCUGCCACAGUUGGUGCAGCUGGUUGUAGUGGACAGGAACAAAAGGAUCUGCUGUGGAGAACAUAUGAGCCCCCCACCCCAGAGAAGGUCGUGUGUUGAGGCUCCCUCUCCUUGCAGAGGAAUAUUCCAGUGUGUUGCACAAAGGUUCCGUGUCUGUCGUGACCGCUUUCCUUGCAUGGAGACUUUCAUCAGGAACCAAGGAGCCAUGUUCAAAGAGCCAAGAACCAUGAACAUGUACCUUGGCGGCACCAGGACGCUCGCACUGUAUUCGUUCCCAGAACCUGUGUCACCGUGCUGCACUAUUCGUCCCACUUUUCACCACCAUUGGUCCUCCAAGAGACCUGAGACACUGCUGAACAGGUGUUAA